AUGUUCUCUUUCAUUAUUUUUGAAGGGAAAACUUUUAUUAUUUUGUUAUUUUUUAUUUUUGGAUUUAUAAAAGGAAUUGUGGAGAAGGAUAAUGAUAGUACUGGUGAGGUUACAAUUUCAUAUUCAAGAACCUCUGAUAUUCUUAAAGAAUUAAAGGAACAUUUUAGUACUGAUAGUAGUAAUAUUAGUCAGAUGUCUGAAAUUUUAGAAAAAAUUCAUGUUUUGAUGCAUAAAAAAAUUUAUGGUAAUCGAAUUUUUAGUAAAGAUGCUAUAAGUGACAAUAAAAAAUCUAUUGUCAUUUCAGCUGCCCAACCAAAAACUAAACCGGAAUUGUCAAAAUUUCUUUUUGAAGGUGAUAUUUUUUUAUCAACAAGGCAGGCUAAACAAUUAUUAGAUAAUUUAAAUAAUAGAAAAGUUAGAAGUUUAACUAAUGAUAAAGAUGCAAUAUGGAAAGAAAUGCCAAUAAAAUAUCGAUUUCAUGAAUCAUUGACAUUUUUUACUAUAUCACAGAUUAUUGAAGGAAUCCAAUAUUGGGAGGAUAAUUCAUGUAUAACAUUUAAAAAUAUUCAACAACCUGAAGAUGAUGAUUAUAUUGAAUUUUUUAAAGGACAGGGAUGUUAUUCAAUGAUAGGUAAAUUUGGUGGUAGACAAGGAAUAUCAAUUGGUGAUGGUUGUGAAAGAAUUGGUGUGAUUGAACAUGAAAUUGGACAUGCUUUAGGUCUUUGGCAUCAACAAUCAAGACCAGAUGCCGUUAAUUAUAUUGAUUUUGCCAAAGAUUAUAUUUUACCAUCAUAUUUGGCUGAUUUUGAGGUUAGGACAGAUGAGGAUAUUGAUACACUUGGUAUACCAUAUGAUUUAGGUAGUGUUAUGCAUUAUGGACCUACUGCUUUUUCUAUAGAUGGUGUUACAAGAACACUUAUAACUAAAAAUCCUCUUUAUCAAAUGACAAUUGGACAAAGAGAAAAAUUGUCAUUUUAUGAUUUAGAAAUUAUUAAUAAAGCUUAUUGUAAAGAUAGGUGUAAUGGAAAUGAAUUAAAAUGUAAAAAUGGUGGAUAUACUCAUCCAUCAACUUGUAAUACUUGUAUAUGUCCUCAUGGUUAUGGUUCUAAAUUAUGUGAUCAAAAUGAAAAAUCAAUUAAUGCUGAGUGUGGUGGUAUUUUAGUAUCAACAUCAUACUGGAAAUAUAUACAAAGUCCAAAUUAUGAAGAUGGUGGUUAUAUUGAGGAUCAAAUGUGUAGUUGGAUUAUCUCAGCACCACGUGGUAAAAGAAUUGAAAUUAUGUUUGUGGAUGAUUUUGCAUUUCUAUGUACAAGUACCUGUAUGGAUUAUGUUGAAAUAAAAUUACAAGAAGAUCAAAGGAAUACCGGAGCAAGAUUUUGUUGUAAUGAAAAACCUAAAAAUAGUUUUAUUUCAGAGGGUAAUCAAAUAGCUAUUAUUUUUAGAUCUCAAAUUGGUAGUGAUAUUGGUUUUAGAAUAAGUUAUAAAUAUACAAUGAAAAAAUCAAAAAAUAUUAGUAAUAUUGUUCAACAAAUUACAACUAUUAAACCAACAACUGUCAGUGGAUUUAAUAUUUGGAGUGAUUGGGGAGAUUGGAGUGAAUGUAGUAGAAGUUGUGGAGCAUGUGGUAUACGUUCACGUACCAGAAUAUGUAAAAGUUCUGAGUGCCAUGGAAGAAGUCAGGAAUUUUCUAGUUGUAAUACAGACACAUGCCCAGAAGAUCCUCAAUGCCCAAAAUGGGAGAUGCUUAAAAAAUUUUGUACAAAAAAUAGUAAUUGUCAACAGAUUCAGGAAAAAUUAAAAGAUUGUAAUGAACAGGUCGUUUGUUGUCCUCCUUUCUUUAAAAAUGGAAAUAAAUGUGUUAGUGAUAAGGCAAUUCUAGGAAGUUAUGAUAAUUAA